AGGUGAAGUCCGUGCGGCACUAGCUCGUGCGGGUUUAGUUUGGAUUCUGUUCUGCGCGUCAACAUGGGGGACUGGCAAGCGAUUUCAUGCCUGGCGUUAGCGUUUUUAAUCUCCCACGCGGAUGGGCUGAAAACAUACAGAGAUAUGUUCGCUCACGUGCAUUCGGUGAAGUUCCCUCCAAUUCCUGGAUGGUUCCCGGACAGCAACCCGUGGGAUGACUAUCUGUACCCGCCUUUCAGAGCGCAGGACCUCCUCGUGCGAGGAAAAGGUAAACACGUGAGCGUGCACCUGAGCAGCGACGGCCCGGCGAUCCAGGGGUCCUGCAUCACCUUCACGGCGGCGCUGGAGUACCCCAAGUGCCAGCGGGAGGACGCUAACGGGGAGGCUAACGGGGACGCGGUGUACGACGAGCACUGCGACGACGGUACGGAGGCCUCAGCGAAUGGGCAGGUGCGCACAGUAUACAGCUGGACGUCCUGGCUGGAUGAUUAUGGAUUUGGGAAGUGUUUGGACCCAUCUCUCUGUAACGUGUUCCCCGACGGGAGACCCUUCCCACAGAGCAACGACUGGAGACGCAAGAGCUACGUCUACGUGUGGCACACCAUGGGUCAGUACUUUGAGACCUACAGUGGCUCCUCCUCCAGUCUGACCCUGAACACCAGUAAGGUGGAGCUGGGGGCGGGCAUGAUGGAGGUGAUGGUGUACCGCAUGCGUGAUCGCAGGAAGUACAGCCCGACCGCCUCCGAUAACGGGGUCUACUUCGUCACAGAUAAGAUCCCGCUGGCUGUGAACCUCUCUCAGAAACAGGCUCAGAACCUGUCGGAGAACUUCUUUGUGAGGGGCGCAGACUUGGUCUUCAACGUUCUGCUCCACGACCCCAGCAACUACCUGAAGACGGCGGCCGCCGUUGACUACAUCUGGGACUUCAGCGAUGGCAACCAGCUGGUCACCCAUAGCAACGUGGCCACGCACGCCUACAGCGACCUCGGCAACGUCACGGUCAAGCUGAUAGUGCAGGCGGCCUUUCCUGUGCCCUGCCCCCCCUCCAAACCCACAGCCAAUCCAACAGCCCCCCCAGAGACACACACAGCCACCGGGAAAGUGGGACCAACACGGGCUGCUUCAGCUACCACGGUAACAUUUCCGAGGACAACUGCUGCUGUUCCUGUGACAACUGCUGGUGUUCCCAUGACGACGGCUGACAUGACGACAGUGCUCCCCACGACAGAACCACCGCCCCCCACCACAGACGCGGUGAAGACCCCCGGGUUCAGAGGGACCCCGACGGCAGGGGCCGACCCCACCCAUCCCGAGAGCACUGCCCCGCCCCUGUGGCACCAGCGCCCCCUACAGGAGACAGAGUGCUACCGCUACCUCUAUGGCAACUUCCAGAAGGAGAUCCUUAUCGUGGAGGGAAAGCUGGCCGUGCAGAGUGUGCAAGCCAAUAAGAUCACAGGCGUGUCCGCUGCCAAGGUGACCAACACCACGGUGAGCUUCCUGGUGAAGUGCCUGGGCAGCACCCCGACCUCGGCCUGCACCAUCAUCUCCGACGCCCCCUGCAGGCAGGUGCAGAACAUCGUCUGCGACGACGUGCCGCCCGCCCCGGCGUGUGAGGUCACACUCAAACGCACCUUCCUGCGCCCCGGGACCUACUGCGUCAACAUCACCCUGGAGGGCGUGGCCAGCCUCGCCCUGGCCUCCACCCACGUCACCAUCGAGCCUGGGGAGAAGGUGUCUGAAGCUCCACAGGCUGCGGCGGUGGUACUGAGCACCAGCGCCGUCCUGGUGGCCAUAUUUGGCUUCAUCGCCUUCACUGUGUACAAGCGCUAUAAGGUUUACCGCCCGGUCCGACGGUCGCCCGCGGAGACGGAGGAGGGCGGGGUCUGGCUGCGCUUCGGGCGGCUGAGGAGCUCACGGUUUCCCGCCAACGAGGAGAGGAGCCGGCUGCUCCACCCCGCUGUAGGCCCCUCCCACUAGCGCUGCAGGCCACACCCACCCCAGCUAUACCCACCCAAACACCUCCAGCUCCAAUCCCACCCCAACC